CAGCAAGUUAAUGAUCCAAAAUGGCUUCCACUACGAGCGACCAAACUCCAUCAGAUUCGACGAGCAUCGAUGUUCUCAGCAAGUUACAAGACAGUGCCCUGUUCACCGAUAAGGCCUAUAUUGCGGAUGAAUGGAUUAAGACAGGAAAGACUUUCGCCGUUUGCGAGCCCUCUUCAGGAACUACUCUAGGUCGUGUGAGCGACUGCACGCUCGAAGACUUCCAGCGUGCUAUCAGUGUCGCUUCUUCAGCCCAGCUCAAGUUCUACGAACAAACCACGGCCACCGAUCGUGGAGCUUUCCUUCGAUCCUGGUAUGAGCAUAUCAUUGCGAACGUCAACGACUUGAGCAUAAUCCUUUCGCUCGAAAAUGGCAAGACACUUGCCGAAGCAAGAGGCGAAGUCAUCUAUGCGGCGAAUUUUGUAUCCUGGUUUGCCGAAGAGGCCACUCGAUCUUACGGACACACUAUUCCUUCGUCCAUGCCUCACACCACGCUCAUCUCAGUCAAAGAGCCAGUCGGGGUUUGCGGCAUCAUCACUCCUUGGAACUUUCCGGCCGCGAUGAUCACCCGCAAAAUUGCCCCGGCAUUUGCAGCUGGCUGUGCAGUAGUCAUCAAGCCUCCAAGUGAGACUCCCUUUACCGCGUUGGCAUUGAGCAAAUUGGCGGAGAAGGCCGGCAUAUUCCCUGGCAUCUUACAUGUUCUUCCUACCAAAGAUCGUAGUGCGGCAACCGAAUUGGCCACUUCACCACUCGUCAACAAAAUCAGCUUCACAGGCUCGACAGGCGUCGGAAAGAUGCUUGCUAAGCUGGCGGCGGGUACGUUGAAGAAGGUCAGUCUAGAACUCGGUGGCAACGCACCGUUCAUUGUUUUCGACGAUGCAGACCUCGAUCUAGCUGUGGAAGGUGCCAUGAUCUGCAAGUUUCGCUGCUCUGGUCAGACUUGUGUAUGUGCCAACCGGAUCUUCGUACAAAAAGGUGUGGUUGCGGCCUUCACACGCAAGUUGAAAGAUGCCGUCUCAGACCUGAAGAUGGGAUCAGGUUUGGACCCUGCUACGACUCAAGGACCAUUGGUCAACGAAGCUGCAGUCACAAAGGUCCUUGAACACAUCGAAGACGCUGUGUCAAAGGGCGCCAAAGUCGAGUAUGGAGGCAAACGUCCAUCAGGCCCUGGUUUCUUCUGUGAGCCAACCAUUCUCACCAGUGUUCGCAGCGAUAUGAAUGUGUCACAAGAGGAAACAUUUGGUCCUCUGGCUGCCGUUUUCGAAUUUGAUACCGAGGAAGAGGUCAUCGAGUUGUCUAACAGCACUCCUUAUGGGUUGGCUGGAUACUUCUUCAGCCGUGAUGUUGGCCGCUGCACUCGUGUGAGCAGAAAGUUGCAGGUUGGCAUGGUGGGAAUCAACACUGGCAAGAUCUCUGCAGCAGAAGCGCCCUUCGGUGGAGUCAAAGAAAGUGGUUACGGUCGGGAAGGUAGUCUCUAUGGCUUGUCCGAAUAUCAGGUCAUCAAGAGUAUCACGACUGGAAACCUUGAUAAGUAG